AAAAAUGAAUCGUCAAAUACCUAGUUGCCCUAUCAAUUAUAAUCAAAGACUAAUUUGCGUUAUCUGAUAUUUAUUAUGAUUACUGAUAUAAGUUGAAGCGAUUGUCCUGUCACAAAAUGGCCGUUACCAGGCGUGGAUAUAUCUUCUGUGCGUUUUUAUUAAGUGUAUUGAGUGUUUUGCUAACGGUUAUUGCAAUAUCUAGCGAUCAUUGGAUAGUAUCGACAGCGACUCUUGAUAAUCAAGUAGCAGACAGUACUAUACAAUAUGGAUUAUUCCGUGGAGAAUUGGUCCUUAACACUUUGCAAACCCCGAGCUUCAGUGUUCUUUAUAUGACUUGCGUACCCGAUGUAAGCGCUUGUGCUGUAAGCUGUAAAACGGAACCGGAAGCAAGGGAAAUAGAGGUGCGAGCAUUAGCUCAAGGACACAGGCCUUCCACACCAUGCGCUUCUGUCACAGAGGUAGACACGACCAACCCAUUGGCGAGGCCGCCGGUGAUCAGUUUCGCGGUUUACGUGUGCACUUUACUGUUCAUCUUCGUGAUGCUGGUGUUCAAUGUCAUCUCGGCUGGUUUAGCUAUCAUCAACGCUACUAUGAACCCUACUGAACCUAUACUUGGUCUACCAGGUUGCCUUUGGUCGAAUAUUGUGGCGUCGUGUCUCGGCGUUGUGGUGAUGAUGAUCUUCGGCAUAUACUGGACCACGUCUGGCUUGAAAGAUCACUUGGCUUUCUCUUAUAUAUCGGUUGGUCCGUUCGAUCCAACUCCUGCACUAGGAUACUCUUAUUGGUUACUAAUAGGAGCGAUCCUGUGUUCCGUUACAAAUGUCGUGUUGAUUCAAGUAAGAGCUUAUCUACUAGAAAGAAGCCCUCCUCCUCCCACAAUACAGGUUGAGAAUCACUCGGAUGGCACAAUGUUUUUGUAUUAAAUUAUAGCGGUUUUAAGAAAAGAGUGUAAUGUGAGUUGUUAAAAGAUGAUUUGAA